AUGAGAUGCUCUCAUUUUGCAAAUUUUGUUUAUUUGCCAAUUUUGUUGCAUGAUAUACUUCUCCACGUUGUGGUUGUCAUCAAUGAUGUUGUUUCAGUUGCUAGUUGUCAAUUUGACUCCGAAUCAGACACUGAUGCUGAUCUUGUUGCUGAAACUGUUGAGGAAGGAAGAGAUAUGGUAAUAGUAGGGAAAGAGACUGAUUUAUUAAUUGGAAUGAAAAAUGAAGGGGAACAAAGUGUGAAUGUUUUUGCCAUUAAUGCCAAUAUUCAUCUUCCUUAUCAUCAUAAAUCGGUGAAGAAUCUCUCAGCUGUGUCUUUCAACAAUGCAUCGACUCCUCUUCAGUUCAAGCUACUUUCCCUUACACAUUUGCUGUCAGCAAAUACUUACAGGAUGAGACAUUUGAUCUUGUUGGAAUGA